AUGUUGAAUGGGUUCCGACUUCAGGAUCUAAAAAAUGCUCCAUUCCCACCUCCUGGACCAUUCCCUCUGGACAUGCCUCUUCCAGAUAAUCGUAAAACUCUUCAAAUUUCAAUGUUCACUGCCAAAAAUGGACGUGGCUUGGGUCAAAUGCUAUUCGAAUUAUCCGCUCUUUUUGGAAUAUCGAAACAACUUGGCAGAGUGCCAACUAUAAAUAGAGGGGGCGGAGUUUGGAAUACGGUAACUAAUGCAGUCACCCAACACUUCCCGGUUUUCGGAUUGAUGUUUGAGAUGACAGACAUUGAAGAUUCUGCAGCAAUCAACGUCAACCUGAACAUCCGAUUCUGCUGUAAAUUCGAGGAUCCCAGAAAUCUGAAAUCAAUAGAACAGCAGCAUUUAUUACUCAAUGGUGUCUAUUUUCAGAGUUUCAAAUAUUUCCAUGAUUUUCAAUCGGAAAUCCGCAUGGCUUUGACUCCUCCCCCCGAUAGUGCACUUCGAGCGGAACUGAUGCUUCCAGCAGACUUCCGAGAUGAUUUCAUAAUUUGCGUUCAUACAAAACGACCAAUGAUUCAAGAUUCUGGGCUCUCGAAGCCUUCUGAUCCUAUUUUUACACGAAGAGCCACAGAUUUCCUCGUUUCGAAAUACAAAACUCCUUCGAAACGUGUCACUGUUGUGAUUUUUGGAAAUGAUCCGAUUUGGUCUCAAAACUUAUUUCACGGUGAGGCGAAGCUAUAUAAUACCUAUUUCGAUAGUGCUCUUCUUACUCUCGGUCUCUCCGCAAUCGAUGACGUGGCAUUCUCCAGAAAUUUCUGUGAUUCCAUUUUACUAACUGCUCCAACAAGUUCAUUUGGAUGGUGGUUGGGAUACCUGGCGAAGGAUACGGCUGAAAUUUACUUCCGAGACCCAAAAGAGGCACCAGAUCAAUUGUACGCUGAAAUGAGACAAAUUGAUUAUUACCCGAAUUCCUGGAAUAAAUUGAGAAGUUCUAGAUUUGAUAAGAAAAUGAAAGAGAGUUAUAAUUUUGAAUAA